CCGGGAGAGCUUUUUUCGGAUCCUCCCCUUCCUCUCCCUCCCCAGGCGUUUUCUUUCCUUUUUUUUUUUUUUUUUUUUUUGAGAGGUUUUUCCCAACUUUCCAGAAGUUUCUCCCCGGCCCCUUAUAUACCCCCUCCGCCCGCCCGGGAGGUGCACAAGGGGAGCAGAGGAAAGGCAGCAGCCCCAUUCCGCAGGUCCCCAAGGGUGUUGGGUGCUGCCGAAACCAUGUGGAUUAUUGCGGUGCUCGCCCUCUGCGGCCUGGCUGCGGCCGUGCCCUCGGAGGACAGGAAGCUGAGCGACAAGGCCACGACGCUGGCCGACCGCAGCACCACGCUGGCCUUCAACCUCUACCACGCCAUGGCGAAGGACAAGGACAUGGAGAACAUCCUGCUGUCCCCCGUGGUCGUGGCCUCUUCCCUCGGCCUCGUGUCCCUCGGGGGCAAGGCCGCCACCGCCUCCCAGGCCAAGGCGGUGCUCAGCGCUGACAAGCUGAACGACGACUAUGUGCACAGCGGGCUGUCGGAGCUCCUGAACGAGGUCAGCAACAGCACGGCCCGCAACGUCACCUGGAAGAUCGGCAACCGCUUGUACGGCCCUGCCUCCAUCAACUUCGCCGACGACUUCGUGAAGAACAGCAAGAAGCACUACAACUACGAGCACUCCAAGAUCAACUUCCGAGACAAGAGGAGCGCCCUGAAAUCCAUCAACGAGUGGGCGGCCCAGACCACGGAUGGGAAACUGCCGGAGGUCACAAAAGACGUCGAGAAAACUGAUGGAGCCCUCAUUGUCAAUGCCAUGUUCUUCAAGCCUCACUGGGAUGAAAAGUUCCACCAUAAGAUGGUAGACAACCGUGGCUUCAUGGUGUCCCGGUCCUACACCGUGGGUGUUCCUAUGAUGCAUCGCACAGGUCUCUACAACUACUAUGAUGAUGAGACAGAGAAGCUCCAGGUGGUAGAGAUGCCACUUGCUCACAAACUCUCCAGCAUGAUCUUUAUCAUGCCAAACCACGUGGAGCCUCUGGAGAGGGUCGAGAAACUGCUGAACAGGGAACAGCUGAAGACCUGGGCUGGCAAGAUGAAGAAGAGAUCUGUGGCCAUCUCACUGCCUAAAGUCGUCCUGGAAGUCAGCCAUGACCUUCAGAAACACUUGGCUGACCUGGGCCUGACCGAAGCCAUUGACAAAACCAAGGCUGACCUGUCAAAGAUCUCGGGCAAGAAAGAUCUUUACCUGUCCAACGUCUUCCACGCCGCUGCUCUCGAAUGGGACACGGAAGGGAACCCCUACGAUGCUGAUAUCUACGGCCGGGAGGAGAUGAGGAACCCCAAGCUCUUCUAUGCUGACCACCCCUUCGUCUUCCUGAUCAAGGACAGCAAAACCAACUCCAUUCUUUUCAUUGGCAGGCUCGUGAGGCCCAAAGGAGACAAGAUGCGUGAUGAGUUGUAGUUUUAUUUUUUUUUCCAGAGCUUGUUUUGGUUUGUGUUUUUUAGUGGGGGAUUUCAAAAAAGGGGAAACACUAUUUUGUAUCCUUCUCGAACUAUGGGUGCUAUUCAGACCAGGGUGCAUUGUGAUGAGAAACCAGCAUACACUUUACCUCACCCCCAAAUACUCUUAUUGCACAAACCCACCUCCAGAGGAACAGGGGAGCCUGGCACAAGAGGGUCACCAGGAAUGGUUGGGAACUGGCACGUGCUCUCUGGGCACCUCAGCUGAGAUGCUCAGGCUGAUGCCUCGCACCUCCCUGCGCUAAAAUUAAGCCUCCUGCUACUACCACCAGCCCUGCAAAGGCACCGGCCCACCACCCUUCCAUCUCAAACGCUUGUGCACAUUUAGCUCUGCUUUCCACCCCCACCCCCCCCACACUUUGGUGCUGUGAAACGCUAUGCCGUAGCUGCUCUGAUCCCUCUGCGGUUGUCUCUUGCUUGUGAUGGAAGGCAGACGCAUGCUUGUCUCUUUCUUUCCUAAGUGGUACAAAACAGAGCAAAACAAGGGCUGAUUCUGGGGUUCAGCCCCAGGCAUGCCAGCGGGAGCAGAACAGGACAGUGCCAGCAGGUAAGAGCCGAGGUUGCACGGAGCUGUGCCUUUCUGUCCUGCCUAACCCUUGCUCUGGAUGAUGGGUAGAUGCUUCAGCAAGGCACCAGCUCCUUAGCUAGAACACCGCAAAGCCAGGCACAGCUUUGGUCUACGCUGCAGAGAAGCGAAAGAGAAGAGGAGCCUCUAGAACGAGGUCCCACUUGAGGUCCCUUCAAACGCUUCUGCGAGGAAUUCCUAUAAAUGGCUGUGCUCCACGUUUCCAGGAAUCACGGAGGGGGCUCUUGGGCCAACAUCCGUAAAUAAAACAUCCUGUACCGGGCCAACAGAGGAACUUCUCGCUGCUUCUGCAUCAGCUCAUAGGGAUGUCAAAGUUUACACUGUGAAGGUUCCCCCAGUUACAGCCAGGGCUAGAACCCAUCAGCUCCCGGGGCAGGCUGAGGCCCUCCUGCUGGCCUCUCGCAGGGAGGUGGAUCAGGUCUCAACCCCACUUUCUUGUAUAAUUUAGCUUUCGAGCUGCCAUUACCCAGCUUCCUACUGACCCUUUUCUGACGCUCCUUUCUCCUCCGUGAUACUUUAGCUCCCUGUCGGCUGACCUGGACAAGGGCACACUGAAAAACAAAUGUAUUUAUGGUUAUAUACGUAUUUAUGUCUGAUGAUUAGCAAGUUUCACAGCCUGCUCCAGCCUCCACUUGGAGGCUUUUCCUAUCUUCCUCUCAUUAAGGGACGUUGUCAGGUUAAUACUAUUUAAAGAAAUAACCAAUGCAACCCCACAAGCAUCGAAGCACAGGUCAGGUAAGCCUUGCUAUGCACUGAGACAGAGCAAAUCAUGACAAAUUACUGAAAUGAGAGAGAAAUCUGAGUGUCAUAAAUUAGCAGCAGUUAUUUGGAACCAGCAACGACAGCGUGAAUGCGUUGCUUUUACUUCCCUUCCAAUGCAUUCGCUGUCAGGCUGCUUUACACAAGCCCAAUACUGCAUUUUUUUCAGACCAUAUAUAGGACUGUCUCCACUUAUUUAUUAAGU